GGGCCACCUUGUUGCUAAACCAAAAUAAAAGGUGAAAGAAAACUCAACCACGGAGGGAGGUUUUGUGUAAUCCUCUAAAGCAGAGGAAAUACGAGUGUUCCAUUUCCAACACUGUAUCCACAUCCUCCCACUCUUUCUCAUACACACUAUCCUCUUCUCUCCGCUAAAACCUUCCCCAGCUUACGAUAGCAGCAGCCGUUAAGGUUAACCGGCUCAGAUUGUUUUGCUGAAAAUAUACUAGAUGGCCAUUUCUACUUUUGCCAGUACAUCAGCUACUCAAUGGGGAAUUCGUCCUCAGAUUUUUGCGGGAUCGACAGUGGGGAGGAUUGCAUCAUUCAAGAAUAAUGUUUCAAGCAAGCUAAGCUUCAUGGCUGCCCCAAAUUCAAGCUUCUGUUCUCGAGAUUCCUCGCGUGCUCUUUUUGACAAAGUUUCUUUGCAGAAAUUACAUGGUCGCAGGGGAUCAAGGUUGAUAGUUAGAGCAGAUGCAGAUUACUAUUCUAUCCUUGGGGUCUCAAAAAAUUCUAGUAAAUCUGAAAUUAAGAGUGCUUAUCGGAAGCUUGCCCGGAGUUAUCAUCCUGAUGUUAACAAAGAACCUGAAGCAGAAAAGAAAUUUAAAGAAAUUAGUAAUGCAUACGAGGUCUUGUCAGAUGAUGAGAAAAGAUCCAUAUAUGAUACAUAUGGAGAGGCUGGUCUUAAAGGUUCAGGAAUGGGCAUGGGGGAUUUCAGCAAUCCUUUUGACCUGUUUGAGACACUGUUUGAGGGUAUGGGUGGCAUGGGGGGCAGUAGAAGUUCUUGGAAUGGAGCAGUUGAGGGUGAAGACGAGUAUUACAGUCUUGUUUUGAACUUCAAAGAAGCUGUUUUUGGGGUGGAAAAGGAGAUUGAGAUUCGACGAUUAGAGAACUGUGGAACUUGCAAUGGUUCGGGAGCUAAACCAGGGACCAAAUCAUCUAAGUGUAACACUUGUGGUGGUCAGGGUCGGGUUGUUCAAUCGACGAGGACUCCAUUAGGCAUCUUUCAGCAGUCUAUGACUUGCUCUUCUUGCAAUGGAGCUGGUGAAAUUUCAACACCUUGCAAUACAUGUUCUGGGGAAGGACGGGUGAGGAAGACAAAGCGGAUAAGUAUCAAGGUUCCUGCUGGUGUGGAUUCUGGAAGCCGGUUAAGGGUCCGCAAUGAAGGUAAUGCUGGAAGGCGUGGGGGUCCUCCUGGUGACCUCUUUGUUGUUCUUGAAGUUAUCCCAGAUCCGGUGCUUAAACGGGAUGACACAAACAUUUUAUACACCUGUAAAAUAUCUUACAUUGAUGCAAUCUUGGGGACUACUGUUAAGGUUCCUACUGUAGAUGGCAUGGUGGAUUUAAAAAUCCCAGCUGGGACUCAACCAAGCUCAACACUUGUUAUGAGUAAGAAAGGUGUUCCCCUGCUGAACAAGAAGAAUAUGAGGGGUGAUCAAUUGGUCAGGGUGCAAGUUGAAAUCCCCAAAAAACUGAGCAAAGAUGAGAGAAAACUUAUUGAGGAACUUGCUGAUUUAAGCAAAGGCAAGACUGCUGCCACCAGUGGUAGGAGAUAACUUGUUGAGGAGCCUAUAUCCAUUUGUAUUUCUAGUCCAUUUCCUAUUCUUGACCUUGACUCAACUCAGGGCAGCUAUUAAUUUAAAACUUGGGUAUGGGUGAGCUUAUGUGGUAGAUAUAGGUUACUAGUCAUUUUAUUUAUAUAGGCAGAUAUGAAGAGCAGAAGAAACUAGAUAUCUUUCUUUUUCUUUGGAACUUAUAUGCCUUUUGCAAUUUUGUUGUUCUUUUACUGGGUGAGGGGGGUGAAGGACUAUAGCUUAGAUGCAAUGCCAUCUUUAUUUUUCAUGAA